AUGGCUCUACCCAACUUUCAUGGACGCUGGGCCUCUGACGACACAGGACGGAACAAUUUCAUUCAGAUCGAACGCGACUUCUAUUUUGGCCUUGGCUCGGACCAUGGCUCUAUUCAAAAUGCGUCCUUUCGCGCCUGCAGUAUCUUCUACCAUGGUGCAUCCGAGCCUCUCUACUCUGAUGCGAACCCGGACGGUCGACGUACUCAGGAACUUUCCGACGAUUGCGUUCGAGAUCUGACGACCCUAGUGAACAAUACUGCGCAAGAUCUGAUGCCCCAGAAUGAUCAUGAUCUAUCCAAUGUGUGUAAGAAGCUGGUAGAGACAACCACCGGCGAUCGGCCAACGUCGUGCCAGAACUAUAACCUAGGAGAGUUGCACUUUCAAGCCUUCAUGAAUCGCCGGAAUACUUCCAGCGCAAGCAGCAGUGGAAACUGCAACUCGUCGUCCGGUGGUGACUAUAACCUCACCCUCGUGGAUUCGAAUGGUUUGGCCAACACCAAUGGAUCGAGUAAUCUGAAGAAUAUGGUAUUGGGUGCCACGCCGAUCAUCACUGUCUUCUAUUCAGAGUCGAAUUUGUCUCGACCAGACAUCCGGUACGUGGUUGUAAAGCCAGAGGACACCAGUGACUUGAUAGGCCAGGUCAGCGGCUCGUUGGCCUCGCGUUUUACUGCACGCACCAAGUUUGCCUUGAGGAUUCUGGUCAUUGUCUCUGCUUUUCUCUCUGGGGUUAUCUGA